AUGCCGCCUCCUACGCAGCAGUUAAAGGAUGUCGCCGCCGCGUCCGCCUUCAAGCCACCUGCAGGAGCGAAUGCUGCCUUGCGACAGGCCGUGCCCGUGCCGCAGGCCGUGCCACAGGUCGUACCAGCGGGCCCAACGACUGCAGUAGAACAGCCGCGCCCUGCCGUCGCCAAAAACGCUCCGCCUCUACAAGACAUCAAACCGGCGAAUCCAAAGGCCGUUCUCUCCGGCGCUCCGCAGGGUGGUGAGCAAGACGAGGUCGUGGCGAAACACUCGACACGUCGAACCAGCACCUUCAGGAGCACCUUCAGGGACGCGACAGAAGCCGCAACUCCAGAGUGGGAUGCUGAAAUCAGCCCCCCUUUGCCUGGUAGUGAAGAACGUAAGCGUCGCCGCGGUGUCCGGAGGCCUGCGGACUUGCCCUUGCUCCAUCUUCCUAAGUUUAUGCUGAUGUGGGCUCCCAUGAAAAUCAUCGGACUACUGAGACCACAGCCCACACGUGCCCGCCGCGCUCCUACGCUGCGUGAGCUGCUGCAUGAAGUGCAGAACAGAGAACAGGAAGCUUUGAACCGUUACACCAAAGAGCGGCAGCGGCAAAUAACCGUGGUGCUGGUGAUCGCUGUGCUCUUCCUCUACUUCAUUGGAGUCGUCGGCGCCUACUUCUACUACGAGCUCACAGAGCAGACGCCGGCGGUGCCGGGAAAUAGACGGGUGCCGCUUCGCCUGCUGAGAAGCACCAUUAACGGAUCUGCAACGUCGACGCCUGAAGGGGCCAAGUUGCGCUCCCUCAAGCGCGCGGCUCGGGAGGUCUUUAGAAAUCGCCCAAUCUAGAAAGCGGUCGACAAAGUAUCCAAGCUUGCAUGCAAGCAGACGUGGUA